ACAGGACGCAGUGGCUAUAUGGGGACAAGGUUUGAACAUGCAAAAUGACAGAAUAACUCAUUAUAAGGGUAGUGUAAAUCAAUUUAUAUGGGGGCAAGGUUUGAAGAAGGAAGCAUGCAAAAUGCAAUUAUUUUUUAUAACUAAAAUGCAAUUACUUGCACUAAACGUACAUUAAAAAUGACAGAAUAACUCAUUUUUCAUAAUAAUCUUUUUGUACACAUGUUUGAUCAUUAUAAGGGUAGUGUUAAUCAAUUUAUUCUCAGCUCUUAUUUAGAUUUAGUUUCAUGAAGAUAUUGAUCCUUAUAAAAAUAGACCGAGAGAAAAACAGAGAGCAAUAGAAAAUAAAUAAUUGGUGCUAAAGAAAUUGAUCCUUUUUUACAACAAUGAAUCGAUCCUUUCUAAAAGUAGUUUGAGAGAAAAGUGGAGGUUAAUAUAAAAUAAAUAAUUAGUGCAAAUUUAUAGUUUGAUGAAUAUAUUGAUCCUUUCUAAAAAUAGAUCGAGAAAAAGCGGAAAUCAAUUUGAAAAAAAAAACCAUUCGUCGCCUCAAGUUCAGUUCAAUUUUGACUUUCUUAACAUCUAUAUAAACCAAGUUCUCCUAGAAAGCAUAUACAGAAAAAAAAACCCAAAAAAAAACAAAAAAUAAUAUUAACAACAAGAAUAAAUAUUUUCUUGUUUAUAUUAAGUAUCUCCAAGGAAAAAAUGGGAAGAAUCUCGUUAGCAGUAUGUUUAGUGUUACUUGUUGCAUUAAGCAAUGUAUAUGAAACACAAGCUCAAGCUCAAGGGAAGACGUUCUCCGUACUCGAUUAUUUGGCUCUCUUUCCCAAAACGGGCAAAGAGUUUGCGCCUUACGCUUCCAAAGGUUUACUAGAUUUCGUAGGUGCCUUGGAGGGAAAGUCUCCCACGACCGUAGAGUUCAAGAACUUCUUCACAAAUCUGAAAGGUUACAUAACGAGUUGCUUUCAACCGGCACCACCCGGAUCAGUCAAAUCUGACCAGCUCUUCACGGCUAUUUCUGCAUUGAAGGGUUCCCAAACCGGAACAUCAUUUGAUUCAUGGAGGUUGAUAGAGGCCUUGGUUUCAAUGGAGAAAGUUUCUACUGAGAUGAAGACAAGCACUUCAAAUGUAAUGCCUGAUCCACAAUGGGAUAGGUUGUCCGGGUCUAUGUUCGAAUGGGUCGGAAGGAUUGGUCUUUUUGUGAAGUCUGUCUCCGAGAUAGAUGGCAAACCAAUCGAGCUAAAACAAUUUGAUAUUGAUUAUACCGACCCUACAUAUGCAUCUCUUUCUAAACAAUCUGGCGUUCGUCAAUCAACAUCACCGUUCUCGUUACCUUUCUAUUUAAGAAACAUUCCCAAAACGAGCAAAGAUGUUGAGCCAUUCGCUUACCAAGGCAUGCAAACCUUUUUACUUGACCUAGAAACUAGGUGUCUUGCAAACAAAGAGUUCAAGGAGUUCUUUGUUAAGCUGAAUGAUUACAUGGCCAGCUUCAAGACGGUAUCACCUGAUACGUAUUCAAUAGAGAGCGAUAAUAUUUCGACUCAAGCAAUGCACCUAUUCUUAGCUUUGUCUCCAUUGGAUGGUACCCAAGCUGGAACAUCAGAUCCGUGGAAGCUGGUUGAUGGGUUGGUGUGGGAGAUGCUUUGGUUGAGAUGAAGAAGAGCGGUCCGGGUGCAAUAACGUUUGAACAAAGUAAGGAACUGACAUCGGCCAUGGUGAAAUGGGGUCGAGCAGUAGGUGA